UGGGCGGGGUCGGGGUUCAGCCUCACUUGGCCGCCGCCUCCGGGCUUGGGGGUGAGCCCCGCCCGGAGGCGGUCGCGCUAACCGCGGAGGGAGCCGGCGAGAGGCGCGGGGAAAGGGGCGAGCGCCCCCGGCUCCUCGAGUCCGGCGCGCCAUGGCGGGCGCCGGGCGAGUACGCAGCCCAGCGGCCGCGGGCUAGCCGAGCCGGGAGGCCACUGUUGGGUCCCUCCUUCCCUCUGCGCCCCAGGCCUCGGAGCCACCGAGAGGAGGAUGAGUCCCUGGAGCUGGUUCCUGAUGCCGACCCUCUGCCUCCUGCCCGCGAGCGCAGCCCCUCCGCACGGCGCGCCCGCCUCCGCCAACUGCAAGCUCAAGGCCCAACAAAAUGAGUUGAAUUCCUUCUUGUGGAGCAUAAAGCGGGACCCACUGUCUUACUUCUCUGGCACGAUCCGUGUCCCGUACACCCGGGUCUGGGACUUCAUCCCGGACACCUCCAAGGAGGCUUUUCAGCAGAGCAGCAUCGUGUACUUUGAGCUGGACCUCAUGGACCUUUACACUAUCUCGGCCCUCACCAGCUGUCAGAUGCUGCCACGAGGUUAGAACCUCCAGGACGUGCUCCCCAGGGACAUUUACGGCCGCCUUAAGCGCCACCUUGAGUACGUCAAGCUCAUGAUGCCCUCGUGGAUGACGCCUGACCAGCAUGGUAAGGGUCUCUACGCAGACUACCUGCCAUCUGCCCAGACUUACAGUCUGAUUUGCGUCAUCUUUGCUUUAAACCAGCCCCUCCUGCAGCAGGAGAGCCUGUGAGCGGGCAGCCUUCAGAUCCCCUAUACAACAGAGGACCUCAUCAAACACUAUAACUGCGGGGACCUCAGUUCCAUCAUCUGCAGCCAUGACAGCUCCCAGGUUCCCGAUUUUAUUAAUGCCACGCUACCACCUGCGGAGCGCAUCGCUGCUCAGGAGAUCGACAGCUACUUCCGCCGGGAGCUUAUCUACAAGCGGAACAAGAGAAUGGGGAAGCGGGUGAAGGCCCUUUUGGAGGAGUUCCCUGUCUUUGGAGCCGGGCAUUUCAUGGGCAACAACACGGUUCUUGAUGUUCUGCGGCACGAAGGCUAUGAGGUAGAACACGCCCCCGCUGGACGACCCAUCAACAAAGAAAAGACCAGAAACCCGUUGUCACAGCCCGCCCCCUCUGCCGUCUUGGCUCCGGAAGCGCCCGCCCCGGAAGCUCAGGUACCGGAAGCUGGGUCUGCCGAGCCCCCACUGUUGCCGCUCCACCAGCCUCUGCCCAGAAGUUCCUACCUGGCGGGCGAGGCACGACGAAAGUUCCGGAAGAAGCAGAGGCGGCCGCAGCGGAGGCAGCGGCUCCGGCAGUUCAGCGACCUGUGGGUCCGACUGGAGGAGAGUGCUGGGAUCCCACAGCUCCAGGUCCCCGUUCUGGACAGGCGCAUCUCCGCCAAGCUGCGGCUCCCUCGCCCUGGGCAGUCUCCCCACAGCCAGAUGGUGGUCAGCAGUGCCUGCCUGUCUGUCUGGACACCUAUGUUAUGGGUGCUGGCUUUCCAAACAGAGACAACCCUCCUGUAAUGACCAGAGAAGCCAAGAUCUGACGCCUCGGACUUGAAGGACAGCCAUUUUGUACUCCACACUCUGCUCCGGCCCUGAUAGGCCCAACCCAGGAGAAGAGACUCAAAAUUAAAAAGCCAGCGUUGAUUCUUCUUUUUCCAAGGAAUGACUGGGUUAUCCAGCAAUGCUUGGGGAAGGUGUAUAGUUUUGUAACGUAAUGAGCUGUAUGAAAAUAAUUAAUUGUAAGAAAAUUAUUAAAUACUUCUUUUGUGUA